AUGCAGGAGGAAGAGGUACUACGCAAAGCACUGCGAAAUACGAUUUGUACGAAGGAGGGGCGUGAGAGGAUCAUAGAUCCGCUGAAGACCACGGACUGUCACGAUCGCGCAAACAAGACGACAACGAAAACAGCAGCCUGGCGACUUUCACGAGAAUUUACCGCUUUUCGCGUAUGCUUCAACGAACCGAAAGAGACGGGUGGACUUGAUAGUUACGGAAUCGGCUCCUCAAUUUAUCUCGGUUCGACGCACAUCGAAUCACCUGAUAUGACCACCGCGGUCUUGACAGCAACAUCCACAAGGACCGCGCGCCGUGAACCUCUGAAAGUGAUUGAUAUGGCGGCGUCGCAGGGCCGACCUGCGUCGUCGUCGUCAGCACGCGGCAAUGGUGAAAAGGGAAGAGGCACACGAACCAGCUCGCGCUUGAAUGCAAAGGAUGACGGCGACGAUGAGGGCGCUGCUCCUCCGAAAUCAGCACAAGGGAGACCUGUACGAAAUGCAUCGAAACGAAAUGCCGCUGAGUACGAUGAAGAUAUUGGAGGGUUUCAAUUUUCGCGGGCGACGACCAAAAAACUAAAAUCGGCGCCAGCUUUAAAUGGGGUCACAAUAGAAGAGCCAGUCAUGCACUCGCCACGAAGAGGACGCCCACCGAAAACGCAUACAGUUCAGCCAGCCGAAGAUGUGCCAUUAGAGGAUUCUGGGGCUAGCACAAAAAAGACCAAAGCCACAAGAGGACGGCCAAAGAGAGUGUCAGUCGAACUGCAAGCUGAAGUCUCCAGCAAACAAACUCGAACACGCGACGAAGAGCCUCCGUUCCCUAUAGAGAAACCUGCAAAGAAAGGCCGACCAGCCAAAGCGAAACCUUCUGUGGAUAUCAGUUUGCGAUCACCCGAGCCUUCUCAAGGCGCUACUUCAAAAAUUGCUUUGCCUGUUGCAGAUACGCCUGUCAUACGACGAAAUAAGGAGAUGAGAGAAGGACGAGGCGGGAAGGGACCAAGAAGAAAUAGUCUGGGAAUGAGAGGUCGAAGAGCAAGCUCACUGAUAGACUCAGGAGCAUCAAACGCACUUCCGCAUAAAGAGGUUCCAACCUCCGAAUUUUAUAAACACAUCGCAAGCGAUGGACUGCCAGAACCGCGCCGGAUGAGGCAGUUGAUGACGUGGUGUGCUACUCGUGCAUUGGAUGAUAAACCAUCGGGUUCUCGUUCUGAAGAUGACAGCGCCAGAUUAGCAGCCCGAGUUAUACAAGAAGAGUUACUUCAGGAUUUUGCAAAUAAAUCCGAGUUGACGAAUUGGUUUGCGCGAGAAGAUGCACCAGCCCCUGCAGUCAUUGUCAAGAAGCCGAAUCCGAAGAAUGUACAGAAUGCGGAAAAGAUUAAAGAGUUGGAGGAGCAAAUACGAAAAUUACAAAAUGAGAGACACGCUCUCAACGCCUUACUGCGGCAGCCUUCAAUACCAACACUCGAACCGCCCCCCAGCGAUCAGACAGCGAAAGGCGACUCUACUUCAAAGAACCUACUAGUCAUUGAUGAAUCGAUAUUAGAGCCCUCUCAGAGAUCGAUAAUGACUACUCUCGCACCCCACAGCCUUCGAAUAGUCCGUGAAGGGAAACCAACUGAUGAUAAAAUACCUCCUACAUCAACUACCAAUCCAGCUUUACCGCCUGCCACAAUAUCCCGCAGACUAUCACGUAUUACUUCAUCCCUAGCUCCGACACUAGACGCCUUCGCGUCAGGACUUCAUGAUAUUGACCUUUACCGGUCUACGGCAGAUCGUCUUUCCCAUCAAAUGCUGAAAGUCUGUUCUGAUCUUCUUGAAGAGCGGGAUAAUCUAAUAGCAAAGAGAAUACUUGAAGUCGAUACUCAAAACAAAGAGGACGAGGAUAAGGAUGGUGACCGCAAAGGUACUCGCCAAAUGGCUUUACGGACACGACAAGCCAGACAGCAAAAGGAGGAUAUCAGUCUAAUUCUAGGGGCACUAAGUCGUGUGGAAAGGAGAUGA